GUUAAAAAUUAGCCACACCCGACCCCUCCCACUUAACCACGCCUAUUUAUAAUUAGCAUGUAAGUUUUUGAUGUUUUUUCAUUUGCUUUGUAGAUUAGACCAUGCACCACGAGAUACUCUUGACGCUGUCAGGAUGCCCUGGGGACGUGUUUAUGACCUCAAGAGAAACAGGACACUAUGAAAUUAUUCCUGAUAUUCCUUAUAUACAUCCGAGCGAAGUAUCAUUAAUUAACGGGCUUGUCUCCUUGGGCUCUUAUUAUAAGUUUCUCAUUGAUUUCGUCAGCAAGCAAACGUCGGCCAUUGUUAAUUUGGCCACACCCCCUGAUUCAGAAGAGAACCAAUUGGGUUUAUAUUUAAGAGCAUUAGGUUUCGGUAUUAAUAAUGUGUUGGAGCCUUACAGGAUGAGAUUGGUGGAGGUGGAACAAGAGUGCAUUGCUGAUCCUCACUUGCCUCUCUCACACAUAAAGCACAGAUUCGAGCAGGUACAUAAUACAU